CAACAAGGGCUCCUAAAGCCUCUUCUCCACUCUGCAGUCCGUCCCUUUACCCUCUGAGACUCACCUCACAUUCCUGUUGAGUGAAAGCAGGGACCUCUCCUCUGCGGCACACUCAGCACAUCAGCUCUCUCUUUCCUCAUCGCUCCAUCUGAACUUCAGAAUCCCUGUUGGACAACUGAGCGCUCUCUGCCAUGUCGGACAGCGAGGAAGUGGUGGAGGAGUAUGAAGAGGUGGUGGAAGAAGAGGAGGCUGCUGAAGAGGCCGUGCAGGAAGAAGACAAACCUGCUGCAGAGGAUGAAGCCAACGAAGAACAAGAUGGAGAAGGGGAAGCAGAGGAGGGAGAAGAGGAGGAGGCCAAACCAAAAUUCAAGCCUUUUAUCAUGCCCAACCUCAUCCCUCCUAAGAUCCCAGAUGGAGAGAAGGUGGAUUUUGAUGAUAUACAUCGUAAAAGGAUGGAGAAAGACCUGAUGGAGCUUCAGACUUUGAUUGAGGCUCACUUUGAGAGCAGGAAGAAGGAAGAAGACGAGCUCAUUAAUCUCAAGGAGAGGAUUGAGAAGCGGCGUUCAGAGCGAGCAGAACAGCAACGAAUCCGCAGUGAGAGAGAGAAAGAGCGACAAAAGCGUCUUGAGGAAGAGAGAGCUCGUAAGGAGGAAGAGGAGGCCAAGAAGAGAGCAGAGGAUGAUGCCAAGAAGAAGAAAACCCUCACUAGCCUCCACUUUGGAGGCUACAUGCAGAAGUUGACAGAAAAGCGAAGUGGUAAGAGGCAGACUGAGAGAGAGAAGAAAAAGAAGAUCCUCAGUGAAAGACGCAAAUCUCUGGACAUUGAGAACUUGAACCAGGAAAGACUCAAGGAGAAAGCUCAAGAGCUGUGGGAAUGGAUGUACCAGCUGGAGGCAGAGAAGUUUGAACUGCAGUAUCUGUUCAGCAGACAGAAAUAUGAGAUUAAUGUGCUGAGGAACCGCGUCAGCGACCAUCAGAAAACAUCCAAAAGGACCAAGAGAGGCCUGAGGAAAUAGAUGCUUACGUGCUGUGUGAGCAGUGUAACCAUCAGGCCAGUCCUGCGGGACCCGCCUCAAACCAAGCCCUGGCUUUCCUGCCACACCCCAGUCCCUCAUGUUCCUCUAAUAUCAUCACCUAUUGUAGAGCAUUAACUUCAGGUUUUCAGUCUUCCCUCCAUUUUGAGUCACAUCCCUUUAAGAAGAUUCUCUGUGUUUGGUGUAAAUAAAACCAUCUUAGUUCAA